AUGGCACCCAAAUCCAAAACCCGCAAGGAGAUAGCAUGGACUCUGGCCAAUGUUAAACGCUCGAAAAUUUUGGAUCUCAACAUUCGGUCGACCUAUACGCAAUUCAGCGGCCAAGAAGCGUUCAGAGAGCUGGUGCAGAACUGGCGAAACGAGGUGAUCAGAGCCAGUGGCCUCAACCCGCAGCAGUUCAUGAACUCUGUCACCCGCGAGAUAAUGACAAAUGACUUGGAAGUCGAGAUCUUAUACAAGGCCACCAAGCCUGCGCAAGGCUCACGAGGCGCACCGGAGGUUUUUGGUUUCAUUCGGUACAAAGGGGAAAACGGACAAGGCACAGUUGAACUCACGAACCGCAAGAGCACCCUCCAACUUGAGCAUCUGGAGAUGGGUGGCACCAGUAAGAGACACGCUGCGAACCAAGCAGGCACCCACGGAGAGGGGAUGAAGCUCGCGGCCCUCUCCAUGAUGAGACCAGACAACAACCACAGUGUGCAAUGCGUCUCUAGGGGUUGCACGUGGACUUUCUACUUGAACAGUCUCAUUAAACUGUGUGUGAAGGUCGAGCGGAUACCCAAAAGCCGUCUUCAGCAGAGCAUGCCCCCUUCUAGGGCUCUAAAGCAGAUUCAUUCUACAUGUGUAGCCGCGCCCCAUGAAGAUGUGCAGUUCCUGCUUGGGGCUAGGAGCAAAACCGACGAUCAAACGAAGCAGAACACCCAGCAUGUCCCUAUCACGAAAGCCGUGUUCGAGAGCUGGACGUCCACGGCGCUCUUUCUGCAGGAGCCAAAUCCGCAGAUGACAAUCACGACGUCCCGUGGCAAACUCUUGUUGGAGCCCAAAUAUCAUGGCAAGCUAUACCUCAAAGGCUUACUUCUCAGCCAUUCUACCCGAAACUCUGUCAGCAUCAGUGGCAAGCAGAUGAGGAACACGACUUUUUCAUGUUGCAACCCGUUUGAAGGCGGCCCUCAUACAGAAGUAUCCAACCGGUGGUUCUUUGACAACGAGCAGAGAACGGAGUAUCCCGAACUCGAACUAACAAUCCAAGGCCUUGGAUUGCGAGGAAUGUACCUCCCCAAGACGUACUGGAAACUGCUGCACAAGCAGGGGCUUGUACGCGAAGUCUGGGCUGAAGAGGCCAUACGGUUCGGCAAAGCCAAGGCUCUGGGCCCUAAAGACCUGCCUCAAACAUAUUUUGCUCAGGAGCUAUAUCGCAUCAUCGAAGCAUGUAUGCACGACUGCCACGAAUGCAUGCAUCGCAUCACCCUGCUCAUUGUUGACGCUGGCGAACUCGAGCUUGACACUAUGUACCUUGCGGGCCCGCCUGCACAGCUCAAGGUACACGUCAAAUGGUUGUCGCAUGACAUCCUCAGCACAGAAUUGGGGACGCGACUCGACAAGGACAACCUGCGAGAUGUUGGCAGAAGUGCGAGACUGCUUUUUAAGCGCAUGCUGCAGACUGUGCCGACCGACAAGCUUAGACUUGGUGGAAAGACGUGGCAGUGGAAGGUCCGCCAGCUCGGGCUGCUAGCUGACCAGCGGAUCGACGACGCAACCGUGUUCGGCGCGACGCGCGUGAUCCCGGAGCCUGCGGUCUGUCGGGGCGUGGUGGUUCGCAGCCACUUCCUCAAGGAGCUGCCUCAAGGCGUUUCUGCUGAAAUCCAUCUUCACGGCAUGGCAACUUGCGGUGAUAAACGCAGCAUAUUUUGUGCUUCAGAAGGACCCCGGACGGGUGUGACUUUUGAGAACUUGGACCUUCGAGUAGACUAUUUUGCCCUUGUCUAUUCUGCAAACAGGCCAGGAUCCUUCAUCCACGUCUCUUGUGGUUCUACCAAGCCGUCCGCCUUUCUCGAGUACACAACAAAAGUCAGCACUAGUCACUCGGCCACCGUGGGCGGCGAUGCUAGCAAGGACUGCGACACCGCCGAUAGACCCUCGACGACGGGAAGCAAGCGGUCGGCAGAUGCGUAUUAG